GUUUGGUUUAUUUCUGUGCUUUAAUAGCUAGUGAACUCAUACGUGAUGAGUAGCCGUGAGGUGGCGCUGAACACGGCUGCAUGCAGACUGCUGCUGAACAUCAUGCCUGGCCUUGAGACGGCUGUGGUCUUUCAAGAGAAGGAGGGGAUUGUGGAGCGAUUGUUUAAAUGGGCUCAGGAGGCAGAGCAGCCCCUCCGAAUCUACGCCACAGGCCUGCUGGCAGGAGCCAUGGAGAACCAGGACAUCGCCGCCAACUAUCGCGAGGAAAACUCUGUACUGGUUCCUUUGAUGCUGCAGAGGCUGAGGGAGCUUCAGGAAAAGGAGGCAGAGAACAGGAAGGACAGUAAGCGUCCAAGCAAGAGUCUCGCUCCACUGCUGCCCCUGGACGAGGAGGCCGUGGAUGGAGAGUUCGCUCCUAACGCUCCUAACUCCGAGAAUCACGACUCGAGAAGAACCGACUCGGACGCUGAGCUGCAGCCCGUGUCUGCUGCGAGGAGCGUGGGGAGAGGUAACACAGGCAUGAAGGGCCUGAUGAAGCCCGCUGCAGCACUCCCUUUAGAGCUGGACGAAACGGACAGCCCAGGUGAAGUCAUGAGGAACUGGAGGAAGAAGGAGAACGGUGGCAAAGUAAAGCAGAAGCUGAACUUCUCGCAGCCAGAGCCGGAGCGCAGCUUCAGUGAGCUGUCCAACAGCAGCUGGACUGAGAUGAGCCCGUGGGUGAUCGGAAAUAACUACCACCUGUGCCCGCUCACACCUGGAAUAGAGCAGCGCCUCAUCCUCCAGUACCUCACCCCGCUGGGAGAAUACCAGGAGUUGUUGGCUGUUUUCAUGCAGCUCGGAGCUCGUGAGCUGCUGAUGCACUACAUGGACCUGAAACAAACAAACGACGUUCAGCUCACGUUUGAAGCCCUGAAGUAUCUUGCGUCUCUCCUCCUUCAUAAAAAGUUUGCGGCCGAGUUUGUUGCGCAUGGCGGAGUGCCAAAGCUACUGGAGAUCCCGCGACCCUCCAUGGCUGCCACCGGCGUCUCUCUGUGCCUCUAUUACCUGGCAUACAACCAGGAUGCUAUGGAGAGGGUGUGUAUGCUGCCGCAUUCGCUGCUGUCGGAGGUGGUGAGCUACACGCUGUGGCUCCUGGAGUGCUCUCACGCCUCCGGCUGCUGCCACGCCACCAUGUUCUUCUCCAUCUGUUUCUCCUUCAGAGCCGUGCUCGAGCUCUUCGACCAUCAGGACGGGCUGCGGCGGCUCGUCAACCUGAUUAGCACUCUGGAGAUUUUGAACCCAGAGGACCAGGGUGCGCUGUUGAGCGACGAUGAGAUCUUCUCAAGCAGACAGACUGCAAAACAUACCUGCAUGGCGCUGCGCAGGUAUUUUGAGGCUCACCUGGCCAUUAAAGUCGAGCAGGUCAAACAGUCGCUGCAGCGUACAGAGGGAGGAGCGCAGAUUCACCCGCAGCCUUAUUACAAGGCUUGCUCCUACACCCAUGAGCAGGUGGUAGAAAUGGUGGAGUUCCUGAUCGAGUUCGGACCGGCGCGUUUGUACUGGGAGCCUGCCGAGUUCUUCCACAAACUGUCCUGUGUGCAGCUCCUUUUGCAGCUCAUUUCUAUCGCCUGUGACUGGAGAACAUACUACGGCAGGGCUGACACCGUGAGGUACGCUUUGGAUAUCUUGAGCAUUUUGACAGUCAUUCCUAAAACGCAGCUGCUGUUGUCGGAGAACGUCGCUGUGCUGGAUGAGAAUGGCUCCACCAUCUCCACUGCAUCUAGCGUGCCGCCGUUCACUCCCGUUUCUGUCGCGACGCCUCCUUCUCCCGCCGCUGGCAUCCCACGGACUCCUCGGCUCACUAACGGAGUCGCGGCCCGUCUGGGUGGCCACACCCCCCACGCGCUUCCUCAUCACCAGCCCCGCCCCUCCACCUCACAGGCUCCGCCCCCUCCACCGCCUGCAGUCUCCCUCCACAGUAAUGGCUCUCCGCUUAUCGGACGCAUCGUGUUCUCACGGGAGCGGCCGUCACCGUGUUCAGCUGCAGGAGGGAAGAGGCCAAAAGUGUUGCGGCAGAAAUCUGAUCAUGGUGCUUUCAGCCAGAGUCCGGCCAUGAAAAAGCAGCUGGACAGACAUCUGCCCUCUCCACCAACUCUAGACAGUAUCAUAACAGAGUAUUUACGAGAGCAGCACGCCCGCUGCAAGAACCCAGUGACCACAUGUCCUCCCUUCAGCCUCUUCACACCGCACCAGUGCCCAGAGUCCAAGCAGAGACGCCAGGCACCCACCAAUUUCACUCCUCGCCACACACGCAGGGUCGUCUACCCCAAAUACGGUGGGGUUGAUGGAGGCUGUUUUGACCGGCAUCUCAUCUUCAGCAGGUUUCGGCCCAUCUCUGUGUUCAGGGAGGCUGAGGAGGAUGAGAGUGGCUUCAUGUGUUGUGCGUUCUCAGCGCGAGAGCGUUUCCUGAUGUUGGGCACAUGCACCGGACAGCUCAAACUCUACAAUGUGUUCAGUGGACAGGAGGAAGCCAGCUACAGCUGCCACAGCUCAGCCAUCACACACCUGGAGCCCUCCAGAGACGGUUCCCUGUUGUUGACUUCAGCUUCCUGGAGUUAUCCUUUAUCUGCGCUGUGGGGUAUGAAGUCCGUAUUCAUCAUGAAGCAUUCAUUCCUGGAUGAUCAUUAUGUGGAGUUCAGCAAACUCUCUCAGGACAGAGUCAUAGGAACAAAAGAACACAUCGCACACAUAUAUGACAUUCAGUCUGGACAGAAACUCCUGACCCUCAAUAACCCUGACCUAGCCAACAACUACAAGCGCAACUGUGCCACGUUUAACCCCACGGAUGACCUGGUCCUGAACGACGGUGUCAUGUGGGACGUCCGCACCGCUCAGGCCAUCCAUAAGUUUGACAAGUUCAACAUGAACAUCAGCGGCGUUUUCCAUCCCAAUGGUUUAGAGGUCAUCAUCAACACGGAGAUUUGGGAUUUGAGGACGUUUCAUCUUCUUCACACAGUACCAGCGCUAGAUCAGUGUCGGAUUGUCUUCAACAACAAUGGAACUGUCAUUUAUGGAGCCAUGUUGCAGGCUGACGAUGAGGAUGACAUGAUGGAGCAGCAGAUGAAGAGUCCAUUCGGAUCGUCCUUCAGGACCUUUGAUGCCACUGAUUAUAAACCCAUCGCCACCAUUGAUGUGAAGAGGAACAUUUUUGACCUGUGCACAGACACUAAAGACUGCUAUCUUGCCGUCAUUGAGAAUCAGGAUUCAAUAAAUAUGGACACUGUGUGUCGGCUGUAUGAAGUCGGUCGCCAGAGACUAGCUGAGGAGGAAGAGGAUGAGGAAGAUCAGGAGGAGGAUGAUCAGGAUGAAGAGGAUGACGAUGACUCCGAUGAUGACAUGGAUGACAUCGAUACCGACCCGCUGCUGGCAGAGCUGGAGAACGAGAACAACGGCGAGGAAGAUGAGGAGGAUGGCGAGCAGGAUUUUUCUCCGUCUGAUGAUGAGGAAGUGGCUCGCCUGCUGGAUGAAGAGGCGGAUGAUGAUGAUGAUGACGAUGACGAUGACGACGAAGAUGAUGACGAUGAUGAGGAUUCUGAUGACAAUGAGCGAGAUGUGGAGCUUGUACUAGAUAACACAGACAGCUCCGAUAACUCCGACCUGGAAGAUGACAUCAUCCUCUCCCUGAACGAGUGAUCCUCAAGUGCUCAGUGAGAAGAUCUGAGAGAAAUGUCACAGGAGGGCAGCAGCUGAUGAGUGUCAGGUCGUGGUGUUGGAUGGUCCAUGUGCACGCUGCCCCAAACAUGACAUCUACGCACCUGCAGGAAAAUUGUAAACAAACAUAGUUUUAUAUAAGGACAUCUCAUAUGAAACGAAUGUAAUUUGUCUGAUGUUUGUUUUUGGUAAAGUUCUUUCUACAGCGUUGCCCUCUUUGAAUAUCGGAUCAUUUUGAAAGAACAUGUACUGAUGGAUUUCGAGAGGGUGGCAUCCUUUCAACACUUGGCACAUGUGCACCCGUGUUGCAUUCAUACAUUAGCGUGUUUUGUGUUGUUUGACCGCUGUCGAGAGGGGUUCUGGGUAGCUCCGAUACACUGUUUGCAUGCGCAGAUAUGAACGUCUGGAUGUAUGUAUGCUCUCCACCUUUGACCUGCCCAGCACUCCUCGAGUUUGAUUUCAUCUAAACAUCUGAAAAUCUAGUUGCUUAGACGUUUAGUUCAUCCAUUUUUGCUUUUUGAAUGGUAGUUUUGUUAGCCAUUGCAUCGGUUUCAUUUUACAAGAAAGCGCUUUUAAGGCCCUUUUUGUCAGCUGAUUGGAUUGAUAUGUUGCACCACAUUUAAUGAGCAAUAAUUUCCGUUGAUUUGUAAAUUCACAUAAAGGACUGUGAAGGCCUGUGGUACCGCUGACCUGUGCUCAGAUCUGCAGCGGCGUUGGCUUCUCUUUUGGAGGAAGUUACCAGUUGCACUUGCAGAUGCACCUGUUUGCUUCUUAAACUGCAUUUCACAUGAAGUUAAACAUCUUUAAGCAUCCGUGUACAGCCUCCAUUUACUUUAUGGUUUGACUUUUUUGUUCAUGCCUUUCCAAAGUAAAGAUCCAAGGCAACAUUGUGUACAAAAUGUAUUAAAAAUAUUUUUACUAUAAAUGUUAUUACAAUAAA